UAAUAAAAUUCGAGUUUUUUCCAGAUUAAAGCUCAAAGUAAAAUAUUGCGGAACAUGGGUGUGGUUGAAUCAGCCAAGGGUGGGAUUCACCAGGUGUAUCUUAUCCCAGGGAUACAUCGUGCGGGAUGACUGCUCGCAUAACCUCUCGUCAAACGAGAUUUCAAGGUUAUUAGCAUCCUUAAGUGAAAGGAAUGAGUUUGACCGUGAAAUUUGAAAAUAUAAUAAUAUGCGGAAGUUUUUUUCUCACAAUUCAAGUAAAGGAUGUAGUCUUUUGCCCGACGGCUAACUUUGAACGAUAUAAAAGAAGACCCCAAUUCCAAUCUCUUCACUUGUUCACUGCAACGUCUGUCCACUACAAGCAUUACCCCAACAUGAAAUUCUUGAUCAUAAGCUUCUUCUUGGCUUGCGCCUCCGCUCAAUGGGUUGCCCCAUAUUACAGCCAAUGGUCCCCAUACAAUCCUCAGUUUACCAAUGACUUGUUGUCGAAGAGCGUUGACUUGAACAAGGACGGCCAACCCGAUGUCCCAGUCUACACCGCAGCCCCCGCUCUCUUGCCCAACUACUACCCCUACGCCGGUCUGAACUACCGCGCUGGAUUCCCCUACACUUACGGCGCUCCUUUCACCUACCCCUUCGUCCAGGCUACCGCUGCUCCCGCCGCUGAGGUCAAGUCCACCCGCAGCAAACGUCAAGUUGCCGUCCUUCCCCACAACCCAGCUGAAUUCCUCAACGAUUUCCGUUACAAAAGCGUUGACCUGAACCAGGACGGCCAGCCCGACAACGCCGUUUACACUGCCCCAGUUGCUCCCAUCGCUCCUGCCCGAUUCGUCACUCCUUACCCUGGAUUCACUGGAUACCUCCCUCAACCUUACCCAUUCUUCAACGGAUUCUAUUAAUUUAACUGCCCGCUAACCCACCAUUGAAAUGAACUGUUGUUAUAAUUGUUAUUACCUUCUUGUUUUGAAACUCUAAUUGUUUCUUACUUUCUGAUUACAAAAUUCAUAUCGC